CGAGCCAUUUAAAGAAUUGAUUUAUUAGUGGUAGAUUAAAAAAUAGAUUCCGCAUCGGGAAGCUCAUGACCAUUUGUUCUUACAUUAAUAUAAGGUUGUAGAUCGCUUCCACAGGAGCGCUAUCUUCCAAUCUACCAAUUUAUCAGCCAAUAUUUUCACGGGCAAUAACCUAUAUGAUAUUUCUGAAAGGGAAGCGAAAAAAUGAAUUGGCCAUUUGAACAACAAGGUGUUUUAGUGGUAAGCUUUCGCUAUCGCCGAUCAACUGAUAAUUAAAGAUUUUCCAAACGGUUUCUUAUCACUCUUGACUGGACACUGUAAAUCAAGGCAUUUCUAACUGCAAACAUUCCAAAGUGCUUGAGUAGUAUGAAAAGGUGUUUUCGCUUAAUUUAUUUGCUUGCUGAAAACAAGUCAUAUCAUUACCUGGUUGAUCCAGAGCACCGAUCCCAUUGAAGUAUUGGACUAAUCACCAUUUCCCGACGACCAGAUAAUUAUCCGAUAAGGAAUAAGUGCGUGGGCGUGCGGCGGGGGACACACUGCCACCGAAAUAGCGAUACGCUGAUAGUCCCGGGCCAUGCAAAGAAAGAUAUUGCCAAAAUUGAUAAGCCGUAUCAUGGCAGAAUUAGCCGCACAUAUGUAUCGCUGCUACCAAUUAUUUUCGCUGACCAAUAGCCAGGCUAACACGCUUGUCAGUCUUUUUCGGGAACCUAAACCGUGUGCUUCGUUUAAUCGCAAAUAAAAAAUUUCCGCCAAAACUCACCGUGUUAAACUAUCACAAUGUUGCAUCCAUUUUGGAACAACCUGCGAAUAUGACAGUCAUAUAAGGCUAAAUAUAUAUUAAAAUUUAUACCAGUGACUAUACGAUUUUAUACGAUUAAUAUAACGCCAUAAUCUGCACGAUUGUGAAAUCACACAAGUGUCAAAUCAAUUUAUAACCACUUCGUGCAUGCAAUACUAGUGCGUAAUUAAAUGAAAAUGUCCUUAAAAUAUAUAUUGGAAGUGACUUUAUUAGUGUUCCUGCUGCUGGGAUAUUUCAAAGUUAUUUCUUCUGAGUUCUCGACCAUCCACGGGGUAAACACAGAUCCAGACUGGACGACGUCAACGUCAAGUGAGGAGUCCGAUGAAGACAUUAAAGAGAGAACUGAUUUGAAGUCCCUGAUAAUGAAAUACGAAUCCGAUGACGGCAACAGGUGUCUAUUGGACAUGAUUAAAGACGAAGUGAUAUGGUGGCUAUAUCCCAACGGAACCCUAAAAGAAGGAACUCAAAAAUUCGCAUACAAAAUGUAUUUGGAUCUAUCGCAUGGUAACCUAAAGGAUGACUCUGAGCUGUUACGUGAGACGAAAUUAGCGAGGAAGUUUAUUAGAUGGAGGAUAGAAGUAUUUUCGGCUGCCUUUAAUACCUUGAGUGCUGCUCCGUUUAAUACACUACACUCCAUGAAGGACUCCUUAAAGUUUUUAUCGCUGCGGGGGAACAACUUCUCCGACCUCAUUCCAGAUGCCGAAGCCUUUGAGCGGUUCUUGAACGAAGCCCGCUCGGACAUGAGUUACACUACACAACACAAAUGCGAAACAUUUCUCGCAUAUAAUGCCACUGAUCUGUACGAUCGAGAGUGUUACCUAUACUUUCAAAACAACACAAACAAAACACACACAGCACUAACCGGUAUAAGCUAUGAGGACUAUAUUCGGUUAUUGAGGGAACGCUUUGAUAAGCACGGAAAAGCACCGCAAUCUGCGGUCUGGGCAACUUUCCCAAAACUACAACGACUUCUGGAGCUUGAUAUUAGCAAUUGCAGCAUCGAGUAUGUGAGCAAGGACACUUUCCGGAACAUCAGCUCCCUGCGCCGGCUCUUCAUGUCGGGCAACAAGAUAAUGACCAUAAACUACGACACCUUCUUCUACAUCCAGGGAUUGCAGUACUUGGACCUGUCCUUCACCAACUUUCUGACCUACAGCUACCAACUGCAGCUGCCCACGCUGGAGAUGGCCCUGAAUUUGAUCUACGGGCUAAAGAUCCAGCAGAAUGCGUUCAAAUUACUGCCCGAAUUGAUCUAUUUGGACCUGUCCCACUCGAAGAUGACCCGGAAUAGUGCGGUGGCCUUCGCCCAUCUGGGGGAUAAGCUGAAGUUCCUAAGUCUGUGCUACACCUCCAUUCCCAUGGUUAGCAGUGCGAUCUUCAAGAAUACGGUUCUGGAGGGUCUGGACUUGUCGGGGAAUCCCUAUCUGACGUAUAAUAUUAUUGACGAUGCCUUCGAUGGGAUAGCCGAUACACUGAAGUACUUGUAUUUUGAGCAAUCAAACUUGAAGGAUUUGGAGUGGUCCAAGUCGUUAAAGAAGCUCCAGGUUUUGGGUCUCGCGGGUAACAACAUUAAUGCCCUGACUCCACAAAUGUUUCAAUCCCUGGAGUCGCUAGAGAUUCUGGAUUUGAGCUCGAAUCAUGUGGGUAAUUGGUAUCGCAGCGUUUUCUAUAAUAACUCCGCCUUGAGGGUGUUAAAUCUGAGGAGUAAUACCAUCAACAUGCUGUCUAAUGAGAUGCUAAAGGACUUCGAGCAAUUGGAUUACCUCAGUCUGGGGGAUAACGAUUUCAUAUGUGACUGCCACUUGCGAGCGGUGGUGGAAGUGGCAGCCUCCAAUAACAAGGAUGCGGACUGCUCCUACAGCCUCCUGAACUACACACAGAAAGCGGGGGUAAAGGAACUACUCACGAGUGCGGAAACACUACAUAUUGAUCGUCAGCUCUGGCAGAGUCGCUACAUUCCCUGGUUGAAGCAGAGCUACAGCAACAUCAAGGACUUUAAUCGGGUGAAUCAUAUUAUCAAGCUGCGAAUCUUUUCCGAGGAUUAUAAGGCCGCCAAGUGCUCCACAGCCACGCCAUAUCAUUUGAAGGAACUGGACACCGAUCUCACCCUGAAGUUCCAGCUACUCGACUACGAGGCCAGUCAGUACUACUGCUUUAACAACACCAAUCUACUUCAGGUGGAUCAGCUCGACUGCCAGACCCGGACGUUGAGUGAUCUUACGGAGGAACUCCAUCGCGUUACGAACACUGUGAUCGCGGUGGUGGGCAGUAUAGUUGGAGUUUGCAUCCUGGGGUUUAUCAUCUAUCUGAAGCGCUGGCAUAUCCACUACUAUUACUCAUCUUUGAAGUCCGCUGCUUUGUUGUCCAGUGCCUCGAAAGAGGCGGUGGAUAACUUUACCCAAAUAUCCCAGAGAGAUCCCAGUGCCGUCUACGACAUCUUCAUCAGCUACUGCCAAAAUGAUCGCCCCUGGGUGCUCAACGAACUAUUACCAAACGUGGAGGAAACUAGGGAUAUAUCCAUUUGUCUGCAUGAACGAGACUUUCAGAUCGGAGUGACUAUCCUAGAUAAUAUAAUCUCCUGCAUGGAUCGCUCAUACUCCCUAAUGCUGAUCAUAUCAUCCAAAUUCCUGCUAAGCCACUGGUGUCAAUUCGAAAUGUAUUUGGCACAGCAUCGCAUUUUUGAGGUCAGCAAGGAGCAUUUGAUCCUGGUUUUCCUGGAAGAUAUUCCCCGAAGAAAGCGUCCAAAAACUCUACAGUACUUGAUGGAUGUAAAAACCUAUAUUAAAUGGCCGGCUGGCAAGGACGAUGCAAGUCCCAAAUCGGAGGAGCGUAAACUGUUUUGGAAACGAUUGAGACGAUCACUUGAGGUCAUAGGCAUUGGUUCCAGACAGGUCAAGGCUUAGAAAUUAAUUAACAUACCUUAUUUUAUUUAAAGAGUUCUAGUCAGUUUUGCAAGUACCUGAAAAAUAAAUAUAUAUCCUUUAUUCUUAAUCCUAAUGAAGAAGAGCACAUAAUGAUAAUACUACGCAUAAUUAAUAUAGCAUAGGUAAUAAGGCCUAACACGGUAAUGAAAUAUAUUAUUAAGAGC